AUCUCCCCAUUUCUUCAUUUUUUGACCCUGAAAUGGCUAAUUAUUACCGUUAUUUGUUUUUCUGCGUAUCUUCGUCCAACUCUUUUUCUUUUGUUGUCGUUUUUAUUAAUCUUGAGAUUGCGAUUUUCAAAAGGGAAAGAAACCGUAUAUUUUUAUUUUUAUUUUUAUUCUUCAUGCCAAGUACCAUACUUUGUUAUUAGUUGAUCGAGAAUUUUUCAUUUUGUCAAGUUUAAGGUUCAUUUCUUGUACUAAUGCUACUUAACCCAACUUGUUCGACUUUCUUAACAAACAGCAUUGCAGAUGAUGACCCUUUUGGAGUUUGAAAUCGUGCUGUGAGUGUAUCCACAAAAAUGAAAUCAAGAUAAGGUUGCUGAUGGUUUUUAUAGUAGAGAUUGUUUCAUGAGACAUCUUCUUGCAAUCUUGAGAUCUUUGAAAAAUAGCUAAAGCUGUUAACUAGAUGACUCCUACUUAUGAAAAUUUAUCCUAAAGCUAGUAAACGUACUACAUGGAAAUGAUUUGUGGGCACUGUAUUUGCUAAUCUUUCUGAUUCAGUUUUCGUUGUAUCAGUACAAAAAUCAUAUUGAACACGUAUUUCUGACGAAAAAGGCCAUUUACUGCAAGAAUGUUCUUGUUCACACCCUAUUAUCACUUAUUACUCGCUUAAUCACAAAAGCGUUUGCUGACACGUCCAUUUAUAUUUUCAAUUUCUAUACCUGAAAACAGAAUGUGGAGUAUCAUGGAGGUUUGAAUAAGUGCAAACAAUAUCAUGGAGGCCUACCUCUUCUUGGCUCCCCUUUUGAUUGACUAUGGGUACGAUGGAGCAAGCAAAGAAGUACACUUCGAUGUUGUACCCAGGUUUCUACAUCCGCUAUCAGUGGCAGCCAGCAAAACCACUAUAGUAUGAUUGGUGUGCCUAACAAUGCGUCUUUUGCUGAUCUAAAAAAGUCCUAUCGUCUUCUCGUUCUCAAGUAUCAUCCAGAUGUUAGCAAGGAUUCAGGAGCUGAUGAGGUUUUCAAGAAAAUACGUCUCGCAUAUGAAGUAUUGUCUAAUGAAUCAACUAGAAAUCAGUAUGAUUGUGCCCUUCAACAUCAAUAUGAUAAUAACAGUCUAUUGGGCGGAGAUUGGGACUACAACUUUGAGUACAGCAAUGGUGUAAGGACCUACAGGUGGGCUGAUAGCAAACGAAAUUGGCGGAGGCAGAGAUACUGGGAACAGUAUUAUCCUAGGGAAAACUUCUCUUUUUAUUAUGAAAUGUCGAUGAGUUGGAAGAAGAAAUCCCUGAUGAAGAAGAAAGAGGUCCUUUCGUAGAAGUGCUCAGAUCUGCCUUUGUCUCUUUAUUCCUAUAAUGUACACAGCAGGCAUGCAUUUUUCUUUGACGUUUAGUAGUCUCAUGGCCCUGUUUGACAGAAAGUUAGAUGCUGGAUACAAGAUUGGUACUUGCAUGGAUACUGGGAGGCAGAGGUGGCAUUUUACUUUUUGCCUUUCAUUUGCAGGUUGGCUUUGUGGAAAACCAGUAGUAGCCUGCUAGCACUGGUGGUUGUGGCCAUGUGGCUCGGCUGCAAUGUUGCUAGGUAUGCUCCACUCCCACAAGAUGCUAUUCUUACUCUGUUAUACAUGUCAAUCGAAUUACAAGCUGAUUUGAGUUAGAAGGUUUUGCAACAAAGUUACUGUUGUGUGAAUAUGUUAGUCCAGUUGUAUAUGUAUUAGUCCUUCCUGUUUCUUACAGUGGAGUUGUCUGAUAGUAGUGGAUUUCGUAGAACUCAUAUAAGGAGAACAUUGUUGGUUCAUAAUGUAAAUGCAUACCCAAUAUUACCUUAAGUUUAACUAGCUGUUCAUCACAUCUUUUUGAGCAAAACCACUGAAGGUGAGUACUUUACUACUUUCACUGUGCCAGGAAUGCAUUUUCAAUUUACAAUUACUGCUAAUAUGGCAGGAAGGUUGGCAAUAUAGAUUUCAGCAAAAUGUGUAAAUUUUUAAGCAUUUGACAAGUUAGACACUACCAUGUUUUAGGUUUCCAUAGCUCUCUAAAUGCGAUUCUUGACUUUUUGAGGUGGCAUGUUACAUUUCUUUCAGUCCCUCUAUUGAUUUUUGAUACAUUAGGAAAAAUUUACAUGUUUCUUGAGAAGUCCCGAAAAGUGAAAGGAAGGAACGAAUAGAUACAUUAUAUUGAUGAGUCAAUUAAUUACACAACUCUACAAAAAUAAUGACUUGUACAUUGGGUUGGCAUAAUUGUUUACAUUUCUUGUCUUAGCCACUUCUAAACCUCCUUGUACAAAAACUGAGAUUUGGUCGGUGAAAUGGACAAUUUCAGAAUCUUUUGUGCUUUUCCAGAAUGUUUCCUAAUAACUCUUUGACUUGUCAACGUUCUGCAAUGACUUGAGAUUCCUCCACAAGUAUUUCCCACUUGCCAUGUCCACAAAAACCCAGAAUCCAUUUUGAAUCAUCUUAGGGAAGUUACAUGGAAAUCUCACCUCAAUGGAAUCGAAUUCUUGUUUCUCUUUC